UGUGACACCGUUGGUUGGCCUUUGUGUGUGCGUGCGUGCGUCUGUCGUCGGGACUGGCGAUCUCUCGCUUCAUCAGAGAACGAUGCCAUACUGCCGAUGGCAGUGGAGAGAAAAAUAAAAGCGGUGUAAAUUACGAGAGUAUUUCGUCUCAUUUGUGAAAUUACGGGACAGGAAAAUAUAGUGGUUAAAAAUUCAUGCAGUGCGAUCAAGUUUGGAUAUAUCACUUUCGUUUUACCCCAGUUGUCUAAAGCAACUGAUGAUUAAGAAAAUAGGAAUAAAAAAUUUAUGUGAUGUAUUAAAUUUAGCACAGGCUAUUUAUUUAUACCCUUAAGGUUUUCCAAUUGUAUAGAGGAAAAAUCAAGUCCCUACUACAUGAAAUUACACAGAAAAUUCAAGAACUAUAAAAAAUUGUAUAUCUGUAUUUUGCAUACAAAUUCAAUUUCUGUUAAAGCAAUAAGACCAAUUUGUAUUUCUGUGAUUAGCUGACCCUUGAAUACUCCAGUUAUACAAAAUGAUGCUCACGGGACCUACAGGAAAAUAACUCUGAUCCGUGAAGCUACAAAAUUGUUACAACAAGGUCAUAUAGCAGAUGCCCCUCCGACUCUACAGUGAACUGAAGAUCAAACGGCUUAUCAAUACUAACAACUGGGUCAAAUAGCUUACUACCUGUAAAAACCGAUGUCAGUUUACCUAAUGUGCAGUAGAGAAUACACAGCAUAUACCUAAGAAAAACGAGGUCAUAUAUUUCUGCAUUACUUUCGUAGAUCAUUUAGUUUCUCCUGAGAGAAAAGUGGACAUUCAGCUUAUUUCAGUGAAGAAAAAAAAGAGCCCAAAUAGGUUAUUUCCAGAGGAAGCAAGGUCAAAUAGCCAAUCAGUGUUAAAAGACUAGGUCAUGCCAUUUAUCUUCCUGUGAACACAAGGGCAUGCAGCCUCUCUUAGCGUCCGCAGUUCUUAUUCCUUUAUUUCCAGUGAAAAUUGGACUUUAAUAAUUCUGCUAUUCAUGAAAUGAAAAAGAGUGAAAUAACUUCUUUCUAGGCAAUUUCACAGGUGGUAAAAACAAAGUGCAUCUUAAGUGAAAACCGGGACAAACAUCCCAAUGAAAGCCAAUGUACACACUUCGAAUGCGAAAGAUUCCUCUCUCGUCCGAGAUGACAACAAUAAACAGCGAGCAUAUUCAAUGAGGGUGAAUCUGCAAAAGUUCCGUACCUAUUUCAACUGCAUUUUCUAAAGCUGCCCCUCCAACCAUAACCGAGGAAGAAACGAGAACGUAAGAAAGAGAGAACGAAAGAAAGAGGGAAAAACUCGAGUCGCUGCAAAUUCCACCUUAUCUGUUUUGAGGUCCACCCGUCACUAUCCUUCACAAUUUUAUCAUUCAGGGGCUUCGUGUCUAAGCUCUUCCUCUCCUGCUUCGGAAUGGACGAGAUGGAGGAGUGGCUUAAGGAUAACAGGCCGAAGGGUAAGAAAAAGAAAAAUGACUACCGGGAACUCCAGGACGAGAGAGAAAUACAAUGGGAUACAGGAGGGACGGCCAUCGCGGGAGGAGGAGGAGGGGAUACAGUGAAACGUCCCAAGACCAUCGACGAAGGGGGAAGGGCCCCAGAGGAACCUCUUGCGGGAGAACAGAGGGAAACUGAGGCUGAGAGUAAUAAGUCUCCUAUGGAUCCCUUCAAACCCAUCAGACUCAAACUCAUCCCACGGAAUGUGCAGAUCGGGAGAUGCGGUUCUAACGUCAACAGCAACAGCGCUGCUGCAACGACCGGCCCGGGGUUCAACAACCAAACCCAAAGGCCUCCGCUACCCCCUCCCCCACCCCUUCCCGUCAACACCUCCUUCGGCGUCAACAGCGGCGGGAAUUCCUCCAGGGCUCCCCACACCGCUGUCCUCCACUCUUCGGGUAUUCACACACUAUUUCGCAACCCAGCUGUGCCUUCGCAGCAAGGGCUUCAGACUCCCCUGUGGGGACCAUCGGCCGCCUUGCGGUACGGCCGCCGGUGCAGUUCCCCACAGCCGCCCUUGCUCUCCGGCUGCACCCCCUAUGUAAGUGCCAGGAUGCCACCUCGGUCUGCCCAGACUUCGCCUUCAGCUCCAAAGUCGCCGAAACUGACUUCCAGUUGCAGCGACCCGUGGAGCACCAUCAUCACCAAAACCGGGAGGGCUCAGAGUAUAGGAGGCGGCGCGCCCCCGGGGGAGAUGGAAUGGUUGGCCGCCCCCUCACCUCGUUCCAGGAAAGGUUCGUGGUCGUCUGUGUCUACCGAUUGCGAUUCGUCGCCACCAUGUUGGUGA